AUGUCGGGCGAGGCUUUCAAGGAAAGAAUCGUGGUCAACUCGCUCCUUUGCGCCGCCCCGGUCAAUCGCUUUUCUUCCUGUUCAACCCUAGUCAGAUCAAAGCAAUCGGUCGAAGUAGUCUUUGGGACCGGCCAGCAGAUAGCGAUAUGGAACUGUACAAGUCGAAAUCGAUACCCAACUUUGAAGCUUUUAAAAGGUCAUAAGGGAUGCAUAACAGCUAUCAAAAACCUGGAACGAGAUUCUUUGAGAUUUGUCAGCGGUGACUUGAAUGGUACAGUCCUUGUAUGGGCUCCGGAUGGCGAAGGACUAUGGCAAACCGUAGCGCAUCUCGCAGGCCACAAACGAUCCAUUUCAUGUAUAUCAUGCAUCCGACUACCUAUACGCAACGAAAACGGCUGUUCAAGCUCAGAAGAAGAGUUCCUGAUCGUCGCGGGUGCUUCUGAUGGAUGCUUCAUUACUUGGAAAAUAUCGAUCAAUUCCCAAAUGGGUAGUAUGAUGGCCGCAAGCGAACCAGUUGAAGCCCUUCAGACCAUCCAGCUGGGAAACCAAAUUGCUCUAGAUGCGGCUUUGGCUUUUUUGCCCGACCAAUCAACACACUUGGUAUUGGCCUUGGCAGGUACUGAUAACAAGGUCGCAGUUUACUCGCUUGCUCUGCCAUCUCUAGUGUUUUCUUUAUGCUUCCGCUUGCCAGGUCACACCGACUGGGUAAGAUGUCUCGACUUCACAUUGGAUCCAAAACAACCAAGUAGUCUGCUUUUAGUCUCGGGGUCGCAAGACAAUUUCAUUCGGAUUUGGAGGUGCGAUCAGCAGGUUCAACCAAUCAUCCAGCAAACCCAUGAUCCAAUCAGCAACUCAGCAACAGACGAUCCAUUUCAAACGCUAGAUGAGUUAACACAAGCGCUGAAAGAUGAAGGCCAACUGACCCCGCUUGAAACAAACCGCCAGAAGGUUGAAAUGAAACGAUAUCCAAUCAAAAACACGCACUGGAGCUUUGUUUCUGACGCAAUCCUUUACGGUCACGAAAGCUGGGUAACCAAUGUUCAUUGGUGCAUCAAUCAGUCUGGCCUGUUACAGCUCCUUUCGACGUCAUCAGACCGCUCCAUGAUCAUGUGGCGGCCAUCUGAAGAAUUUGAUAAUAUUUGGCUCAACGUUGAGCGGUUUGGCGAAUUGGGAACUUCUACCAAUCUAGGACUUUUUGGGGCGCACUACUUCGUUGGUCCCCAUGAUCAAACAGAGACUGUUUUGGCGUCCGGAUGGACACGAUCUUGGCACCGCUGGAGCAAAGAAGACAAAGCCGUGUGGGAACCUCAAGUCGCGCCUACUGGUCAUUACUCUGGUGUUACUGGAUUGGAUUGGGAAAAAGAAGGCGAAUAUCUGGCGAGCUGCUCUGACGAUCAAACUACACGGUUGUGGGGUUCUUGGAGGAACUCUCAAAUCGAAACUCCGACCAAUCCUAGUUGGCAUGAGAUAUGCCGCCCUCAGGCGCAUGGCCACAACCUCUUUGGGGUGAGCUUCAUUGGUGAUCGCCGAAGUAAAUUUGUCAGCAUUUCGGAAGAGAAGGUUAUACGAGUGUUUGACAUGACUCAAGAUUUCAUACAAGUGACUCAAGAAUUGGGCACCACAAAGUUACCCUUCCAAAAGGCGGACGCACGACCACAACGGGCUACGGUGCCUCCUUUGGGGCUCAGUAAUCGCGUCGAAGAUACCGAAGAAAAUGAGAAAGAUCCUCAUGAUACUGGUAGUCAACAGUCCUGUCCCCCAUUUGAAGACCAAUUAUUAUCUCACACGCUUUGGCCAGAGAUCGACAAAAUUUACGGCCAUCCCUCCGAGCUUUCCGCCAUCACAAGCUCACACUGUGGUCGAAUCAUUGCAUCUGCCUGUCAUGCCAAUUCUUCCCAGACAGCAAGCAUACGGUUGCAUUCUGCCGAUGACUUCAGCCCUAUUCAACCUGGCAUCCUCGAGGGGCAUCAGCUCACCGUUACACGUUUGGCAUUCAAUUCUGAUGCCUCUAAACUGCUGAGUGUGAGCAGAGACCGGUCGUGGGCUAUAUGGAAUAGGAUACCCUCAUCCGAUGGCUUUGUGGUGGAUGAGCGCAGGGAGAAAGCGCACGCGCGGAUCAUUUGGGACGCAUGCUGGGCAACAUCUUCUACUGACAUGUUUGUCACCGGCUCCAGGGACAAAUCUGUCAAAACCUGGGUUCGAGGUAGUUCUUCUUGGGAUGUGGCUGACAUAAUUAAAUGUGAUCAACCCGUGAAGUCAUGUGCUAUCUCUCCUCAUCUUUCACAACAAAAUAAGAUGUUACUGGCCAUUGGUUUAGAAGAUGGAGUCAUAGCCCUGUAUACCAGCACAGAACCUACUGGAUGGGAGCGCAUUGGAGGAGUUGCACUUGCGUCAAUUCGCCAUGCAGGGCCAGUCAAUAUACUCACAUUCUCGCCAGAGUCUUUGAAGGCUGGCAAAUUUCGACUAGCAAGCGGGGGUGAAGAUGAGGUAGUGCAAAUCGUUGACUUGGAUUUGGAACCUUCAUGUUGA